CGCGGGUGGGGUGUUCUCUUCUCAACAACUCAGAACAUUCUGCGGGAUUUCUUGCCCUUUGCACAAAAACUUUUUCUUGUCCAUAUUCAAGGCUUUAAAUCUUCUUCUCCCGCAAGCCUUCCUCUUCUCCACUCCAUCUCUUUGUCCUGUUAAAAUAGGACUAACAUGUACUGAUAUAGGCUGUACGAGACGUCGCUCGCCAAAAUGGUUCAAGUCGAAAAUAAGGCAGUGCUGAUUGUUAUUGAUGGCUGGGGAAUCCCCAGUGAGUCCUCGCCCAAGGAUGGAGACGCAAUUGCUGCAGCGGAGACGCCAGUGAUGGAUGCAUUCGAGAAGAACGCAGAUUGCUACACGGAGCUUGAGGCUUCGUCACUGGCAGUCGGACUCCCGGAGGGAUUGAUGGGCAACUCUGAGGUCGGACAUUUGAACAUUGGUGCUGGCAGAGUUGUGUGGCAGGAUGUGGUCCGCAUUGACCAGACUAUCAAGAAGGGAGAGCUCAACAAAAACGACGUUAUUAUGCAGACUUUCAAUGCCGCCAAGGAUGGUACUGGACGCUUGCAUUUGGCGGGCUUGAUCUCUGAUGGAGGAGUUCACUCCAAGCAAGAUCAUCUCUACGCUCUUCUGAAAGUCGCCAAGGACCUCGAGAUCCCCCACGUGUACAUCCACUUCUUUGGCGACGGACGAGACACCGACCCAAAAUCAGGAGCAGGAUAUAUGCAAGAACUUCUGGGUAAGAUCAAGGAGAUUGGCAUUGGCGAGAUUGCUACAGUUGUUGGCCGAUACUACGCCAUGGACCGUGAUAAGCGAUGGGAGCGAAUUGAGGUCGGACUAAACGCAAUGUGCGUUGGUGAUGGAGAGCAAAGCAGUGAUCCUGUCAAGACCAUCAAGGAGAGAUACGAAAAAGGAGAGAACGAUGAAUUUCUAAAGCCCAUCAUUGUUGGCGGCAAGGAGGCCCGUGUGAAAGAUGGUGAUCAAGUAUUCUUCUUCAACUACCGAUCCGACCGUGUCCGAGAGAUCACUCAAUUACUUGGAGAUGUUGACCGCUCUCCAUUGGAAGACUUCCCUUACCCCAAGAACAUCACUCUUACAACUAUGACCCAGUACAAACUCGACUAUCCGUUCACGAUCGCCUUCAAGCCACAGCACAUGGGCAACGUACUUGCAGAAACAUUAGGCACACAAGGCGUCAAGCAAGUCCACGUUGCCGAAACCGAGAAGUACGCGCAUGUUACGUUCUUCUUCAAUGGAGGUGUCGAGAAAGUCUUCCCUCUCGAGGAGAGAGAUGAAAAACAGGAUCUCGUCCCAUCAAACAAGAGCGUUGCCACAUACGACAAAGCACCGGAAAUGAGCGCCAUGGGGGUUGCCAAGCAGAUGAGCAAGCGAAUCGAGGAGGGCAAGUUCGAGUUCAUCAUGAACAACUUUGCUCCCCCUGAUAUGGUUGGCCAUACCGGCGUCUAUGAGGCAGCAAUCAUUGGUGUUGCAACUACCGACAAGGCUAUUGGACAGAUCUACGAAACUUGCAAGAAGGAGAACUACGUCCUCUUCAUUACUUCUGACCAUGGUAACGCCGAAGAAAUGAAAUUCGAAGAUGGCAAGCCAAAGACUUCGCACACCACCAACAAAGUUCCUUUCAUCAUGGCCAACGCACCGAAGGGCUGGAGCCUCAAGAAAGAUGACGGUGUCCUCGGUGACGUUGCGCCAACGAUUCUAGAGGCGAUGGGUCUCAAGCAACCAGAAGAGAUGACUGGACACAGUCUCCUCGUGAAGAGUUAGAUUCCUGCGUCACGUUGAUAUGCCGUUCUCGUUUCAUAGAACAGAGCUUGAUGCUAAAACAGUAAUUGACAAGUGAAAAGCCAGCACAUGAAGAACAAGCAUAACUUGUUG